AUGACUAAAUCCAAAAAGCAAUUUGAUAAUGAUCGUUCCGUCUUUGUAGGCAAUCUCAAUAAAAAAAUGACCGAACCCGAAUUUUUAGGGCUUUUUACCCCAUUUGGUCCGAUUUCCCGUCACAAUUUUCAUGUAUCUGAUAGAUUGUUUCACAGUGCCUUUGUUGAGUUUGAGAACUCAUCAUCGGUGGAACGAGCGAUGAAAUUAGAUGGAUCACUUUUCCAAGGGAAAUACCUCAAAGUCAACAAAUCGACUGAGAAGCCACAGACGGAUUCGAAGAUCAAGUUUAUCCGAAACAAAACGAAAGGGAUGAAAAAGAAAUUUGUAAGUAAUGAGAAUUAUUGUAUUCUUGUCAAUAAGAUUAAUACACACACUGAUGAGUUGACGUUUGCUAAGAUUUUUGGAAAAGCUGGGAAAGUCAUCCAAGUCAUUCUGCCAACUACGAAGGGAAAAAAACAAAAAAGCCGCGGGUUUGCUAUUAUCGAGUUCGCAGCAAAGGUUUCAGUCCUCAAGGCCUUAGAACUCAAUGGAACAACAAUCGAUGGUAAAAAAGUCAUCGUCUCAAAAAUGGUUAAAGAUGAGACAAGUGCGGAACGAAAGGAAAAGAAAAAACAUAACAAGAUUGAGAAGGGCGGAAAGAAAGAAGAUUUGGGAGAGGAAUCUGAAGAAGAAAAUCAAGAAAGUGAACAAGACGAAGAGAUUAAAACGGAAUUAGAGGCCGAACGAAAGAGCGAGAAGAAAGAGAAGAAGAGCAAAAAGGAAAAGGCAGAGAAAAAGCCUGUUACUCAGGAAGAUAAAAAGGAAAUGCAGGAGAAGAAGAAAGACGAAGAGAAGAAGGAGACUCACGUUGAAAAGGACGAUGACAGUGAAGACGACGGGAGAGUGAAAAUCGAGCAAGACUCCGACGAAUGA